AAACGGGGAAGGCAAUCUUAUGAAAAAUUCGACAUUUCAUUUAAAGACAUGAAGAUCCAAGUCACUCUAUGGUCGUUUCUCUUGGCGCCUUCCCUUGCCCAGUACAACUAUGGUGCAAGUGGACUCUCCAGCACCAGUAGCUCGACAAGCACUGCGAAAAGCCAAGCUUCUGCGACUUCAAGCGCUGCAGCUGAGGUGCAGACAGUGACAUUAGGACAAAACGGACUCAAGUUCAGCCCAGAAUCAUUGGUAGUAUCUCCAGGAAACAAGGUGGUGUUCGAGUUCUAUCCUGGAGGUCACGCAGUGGCACAGAGCAGCUUUCAGGCGCCGUGUGUACCGCAAGACGCAUCUAGUAUCUUCAGUGGAUUUAUAGAUUCGAGCUCGGGGCCUGCAUCCAAAGUUUUCACAUUGACUGUAAACAGUACGGAUCCAAUUUGGCUAUACUGUCCGCAAGUAGGACAUUGUCAAGCUGGAAUGGUCGGCGUUAUCAACCCGCCAGCGAACGGACAAACCUUGGAUCAAUACCGCCUCGCAGCGGCCAACACAGGCCACAGCUCUGCUCCAUCAAAUGCACAAGGAGGGAUUCUCGGGCCUGCAAACAGUGCUACCACUUCGGCUUCCGGAACAAGCGGAAGCACGAGCACGCCUUCCAGAAGCGAUGGGACUAGUUUGAGAGGCUUUUCGAAAAAAAAUCUGAUUCACUCCUUCGUUGCAUCAGUGAUUGCUCUCGGAUUAUGCCUUCGUCUCUAAAAUUUACAUGCCUUACUUAGCUUAACGAUGUUACCUAUCAAGC